AUGAGCGCAAGUGACAACGAUGCGUUGAACCUGUUCCGGACGAGUCUGGCAGCCUCAUCCCCGCCUUUACCGACACGCAGCGCCGAUGCCUCAGCAGCCAGCGAUGUUGCGCCUUUGACUGAUGCAUCCCACCUACUCUUCAACACACAAUCAGCUGCCGACGGAGCUCAACACACUGCGCUCCCAUUGACGACAGCAACGCGGUUCGUCUCGCAGACCAAUGGCGCCCUUGAUCUGGCUAGUAUCUUCUGGUGUUGGCAGAACAAGGACAAGAGCACUGGAGACUACAUCGCUGCAACUCAGGAGCUCAACACGGCGCGUACAUCCAACGGCCUCAGCGAAGUGCGCAACUUGGUCUUUGCCGAGAAGCUUGACUUGAUCAACUGGUUGUCUGGUGAAAAUGACAGCGAGUUCAUCAAGAGCCUGGACGACAAUCGUCAGACGCGUGCCCAGGCCCACGAUGCCGCAAAGAUGGCCAGCGGAGACGGCGAUGUGGUCAUGCAAGACGCGAGGGCCGAAGACGACAAGCUACGCGACAUUUACGCUCUAGAGCGCAAGACGGGCGACCGCAACUCGAUUCUGAGAGGCAGCAAGCCUACGGAUUUCUCACAUGUGCGCAAGUAUGCUGAGGCAUUUUUGGGUCGCUCCAAGGCAUCGGCUCCAACUCCUGCUCUCAUUACGCCAGCUCCCGCCAUUCGUCCUGCAAAGCCAUCCAGCGGCCGUCGCCCCGAGCCCAUUAUCCUUCUCUCCCCAUCAGCGUCCUCACUCCUUCGCCUGUCAAACGUGAAGUCUUUCCUCAUGGACGGCGUCUAUACUCCUCCUACCUCCACUACUUCGACCACCCUGAACAUCCUCCACGUCAAUCGCGUCAUGCCAUCCAUAGAACCUACUCGCCCUCUGCGUUUCAUCCUCGUCGAGUCGCCUGAUAACUUCAAACCCGACUACUGGAACCGCGUUGUUGCCGUCUUCACGACUGGUCAGGCGUGGCAGUUCAAGGGUUACAAGUGGAGUCAACCUGCAGAGCUCUUUAGCCAUGCCCUGGGUGUCUACGUUGGUUGGCGUAAUGAGCUUCUGCCGGAUACCAUCAAGGGAUGGGGCAGAGGUGUGCUGAACGUUGGCAUUGACGCAUAUCGUGAGGGUCAGACUGCUCAACAAAGAUGGAGAGAUCGUGAAACGGUGGAAGAGAUCUGGAGUGCUAUUGAGGCCUCUAUGAGAGCCCGCGGCUUCAACAGAGAGACAAGGUAG